ACAAUUCCAAUUGUUACAAACAAUUAACUUUCCUUGUGAUUUUUUUCUAAUUGUUCAAUCAUGACUCUUAAUGGUUUAAUGAUCAAUCGUUAAUUGUAGCUUUUCCUUUUCCACUGCCAUUUGUUACCUGUGUUUGUAUUAAUUUAGCUGCUUAGUUAAUCUGGAUUAAUAUGUUACCCACAAUCCGAUUGUUUUCAAAUCGGUCUUGUUUAUUGAGACGAUUUUUAUGUUCAUCGGGUCAAUCAUUAACUUCCGACAAUCAAAAAAUUGACCAACAAACAGCAUCACCACCAUCACCACCUCCUCCUCCCUCUUACCCUGAAAAAGCAAUUGUUGGUACAUUUCAACCGAUACCAAGGGAUGUCUAUGAAAGAUUAUUUUCUGUCAAUGGAUUUGAACCAUUUUCAAGUGAUCUAUUUGAGGUUCUUGAUGAUAAAAGUAUUAUGGUUCGUCAACCUUAUUUACAAAUAUUAGAUUAUAUUGAGAGAACUGAUUUCAAUCGUCCAGUUAAUCGUUAUGUCAUCUGGGGACGUCAUGGAGCUGGAAAGACUUUCACUCUCAACCAUUUAGCUUUAUGGGGUUAUCUUAAUGGCUACUGUUUGGUUCACUUUACUUCACCGAAAGAUUGGAUAGAUGAACCUGCGGAAAUUGAAGUGUCCGAAUCUAGACCAGGUCGCCUUGAUUUCCCACUGAACGCUGCUCUUGCCCUGAAACAUUUUAAAAACCAAAACAGUGCGAUUCUUGCAAAGUCAAAUUUAACUGUUAGUAAAAAAUAUAUAUGGAGUAUGAGAGAAUCAACUGAAAAAGGAGAACCAUUAGUAAAUGUUAUCGAUCAUGGUUUAAGUAGGAUGAAACAUGCAUCCGAUUGUUACGCAGUUUUAUUGAAAGAAUUGAAAAUCGCCGCGAACUCUGGUCAAUUACGUCUUAUGGUUUUGGUCAAUGAUGUUAACAUUUUCUAUGGUAAACCAAAGGUAAAACACCCGGACGGACAAGUAGCCAGUGUAGAGGAUUUAACUCUGGUUCGAGCUUUGAUGAAAUUUUUCAAAACUGAUUGGAAAAAUGGUCUUGUAAUCACGAGCACUUAUGUUAAACAAACUGAUUGGCAGAAUCGGUUGACUCCUUAUUAUCCUAAAUCACUACUAGGAGAUAGGGGUUGGGAAGAGUUUGAUCCUUUCAUACCAAUUAAGGUCGAUAACUAUUCUGACAUGGAAGCCGAUAGUUGCCUGGACUAUUAUACGGAUAGACAAUUUAUCCAAAGGCCACAAGCAAAGACACCCGAAGGUCGUUACGAGAUCAAAAUCAUUAAUGCACGGAAUCCAUUUGAGAUGUACAAAUUUUGUUCUAGUUUAUAGUUAAUCAUCAAUGAAGAUCACUCUAGAAAUCUCAUUAAAUUGUAUACUAAAAUAUAGAGAAAUUAAUUGAUUGUUCUCAGUUCAUCUUCUACUACUAAAAGAUUGACAUGAUGCUUCAAGAAAAUGAGGUGAUUAUUUUGAGAAAAGAAAAGCCAAUCAAAAGAAUGGAAAUUCAUAUAUAUAUAAGUGGACAUCAUAUUCCAAUCAAUCAAACCUCUGAACAUCAGAAAGAUACAGAACGAAAGAUAAAGAGGAAGAGAAUGAUAAAUCAUCAUGGUGGAAAAAAAAACUUUCCCAAUAACUUAUACACAUAAAGAAAAUAUUUGUAGCCUGAAUAAUUGAUUAACUAUUGGAAACAAAUCAAAUUUACCAGAAAAUAAGGCCCAUUGGUAAAACCAGAGACAAUUAUGAUUAAAGGGAUAACCAUUAUCUUGUCGAGAAUGAUUUUCACUUGAAAUAUCAUGAUAACAACAAACCAACAUGUUUAAUAAGCAACAUUAAUAAUAACUAAUCAAAAUCAAUGA